ACUGCAGUAGAAUGUGUAUAACAAAGGGAACGAAUCCUCUCCCGUUGUCGUUUGAGGAGAUUCUGAAAAUACGAUAAUCUUUUGGAAGCUGAAAUUGAAUCGAAUUCGUGUGAAGUGAAGGGAAGGAAGCUGAAAAUGGGAGACACAAACAAAACAGCAACCAUCGGCGACGAUUUACUUCUCAAAAACUUCUUCGCCGAAGUCAGCGAAGUUGAGAGGGACAACGAAGUCGUUAGGAUUCUCUCUUGUUUUAAGUUAAAUCCAUUUGAGUAUCUAAACCUAUCAUUUGACUCAUCAAUUGAUGAAGUGAAAAAGCAGUACCGUAAGUUAUCGUUGAUGGUUCACCCUGACAAAUGUAAGCAUCCACAAGCAAAGGAGGCUUUUGGAGCAUUAGCGAAAGCCCAACAAUUAUUACUCGAUCAAAAUGAAAGAGAUUAUCUUCUUAGCCAAGUUAAUUCAGCAAAAGAAGAACUAAGAGCAAAGAGGAAGAAGAAGCUGAAGAAAGAUACAGCUUCAAAAAUUAAAUCUUUGGUUGACGAGGGAAAAUAUGAUAAACAAUAUGAACAGUCAGAGGAGUUCCAGCAGGAGCUCAAAGUCAAAGUUCGUGAACUAUUAACAGAACAAGAGUGGAGGAGAAGAAAAAUGCAAAUGAGGAUAUCAGAGGAGGAAGGCAGAUUAAAAAGAGAUGAAGAGGAACAGAAAGAAAUGUGGAAAAGAAAGCGUGAACAUGAGGAGGAAUGGGAAGGAACAAGAGAACAGAGGGUAUCCAGUUGGAGAGAUUUUAUGAAGGGUGGAAAGAAGAAUAAGAAAGGAGAAAUUCGUCCACCGAAGCUGAAGACAGAAGAUCCGAACAAAUCCUACGUUCAGAGGCCUGUAAAAAGAGGUUAGAGGUUCUGCAUUGUCAGAGGAUCGCAGCAAUUAAUGACGAGGAAUUCCGAGAGAACUUAUUGUUGCAGGCUAUCCUUUGUAACAGUUUGAUACUUGUAAGCAUACUUAUCACCGGGUCAGACGAGGCAUGUUAAUGGAAUGUGGACCUCCACCGAAAGAAUAUCCCACUACUCAUACAUAGGAAUUAUUAGACUGAAAAAAGGAACCUAUAUUUACUGGUCAUUAGCAGCGAGGCAAGGAAGAUUUUAGGUUAGACAUAGGUUUACGGAGAAUUUGAUCCUGAUUUGGGGACAACGACCAUUUCAUUCGUGCAUCUCAAAGUCAAAUAAAAAACUGAGCAGUAUGUACAAGACUUUGGCUUGCAUUUCUUUUCUAUUACUUUUGGGUCAUGC